AUGUCAGCACAAGAUGCAAACACACAGCAGAUGCAAGAGAAUGAAGCAUCAUGCAAGGAUAACAGCUGCAAUAACAAGAAUAGUAACAAUGAAACGAGUGAGCAACGCGAGGAACAAGAGCAGCAGAAAAACAAUGAGUCACAUCAGAAUAGUGAGCAAAAUCAAUCCGGUACAGGAAAGUUCGGCUUCCCACAGCGAUUCCCGAAUGGAUGCCCAUUCCAAGGACCUUUCCAGUUUCAACAAGAGUUCUCUCGUCCAGAUUUCCGCGGCGGAUUCCGUGGAGAGUUUUGUGGUGAAUUCUGCGGCAACAUGAGAGACUUUAAUAGAGGUGAUGCGAUGCGUGGAAUGGCACGCGACUCACGCGGCGACAUCAGAGGAGACUUUCCACGCUGCAUGGGAAUGGAUUCACGCAGAGGCUUCGGCAAUGGAUUCUGUAAUGGAUUCUGCAAUGGAUUCGACAAUGGCUUGCCAGGCGAUGCAAGAAGGUUCAUGAGAGAUGAUUCAAGAGAUUUCUCUAGAGAUGACUUCCGCGAUGGAUUCCGAGAUGACUUUUGUCAUAACUUCUGCGGAGGGUUCCGUGGUUUCGCCAACAUGAAUGGUCCAUCUUUCGGCCAAUUCGGAAGAGGAAUGAGACCACAAAUGGAAAUGAUGAUAUAA